AAUAGCUUACAGCACGUGGUUUCACUAAGAUGGAACAUGGAGGAGCCUACACAUCGGUGCACCGUGUGCGACAAGACAUUCAGUGAAAGGUCCAACCUGGUGAGUCAUCUGAUGAUCCAUGCCAUCGCCAGGGAGACCUUUACCUGUGAUGUCUGCGGAAAGAGCUUGGCCACUAAACCAUCGCUGGUCAGCCAUCAACAGCUACACCUGUACCCCAACAUCAUUUUGUACCGGCAAGGAGAGGCCAGGCUGUACUGUACAGAGGCAGCAAGGUCUGUGGCAGAGGCCCGCAGCAGCACUGUUGUUGACCCUAAAUGGCUGGAUCUCAAGACAGCAGAGGCGGCUGCCAAGAGGUCGGGGGCUGAGCUGUGGAAAGGUCAGCUGGUCCUCACGUUCGGGUAGUACGCCGGUCAGACCUUCAGGUGGCUUGUGGAGAAUGAUGUCGGCUGGCUGGUGUGGCUGCUGUUCCAGUACUGCCAGCAGGGAGAGCAGAACGAGCUGCUGAAGUGGCAGAAGGAGCGACUGCUCCUUCGGCCACAAGGUGACUCCUCACCUGAAAGUGCUGUCGGACGCACCGUUCCCGGAGGUUCCUGCGCUGCCAACAUCAACCCUCCACCAGACCGGCCUCAGGUCCAGUACCGGCCCAUCCAACACGA